CCUUUUUCUAAUCUAACUGGCAAAUAUAGUCUUAGUACAUAAAUGGUUUUCGAUGACGUCGGUAAUAAUCCAGGUUCUUUUUUUGCUCUUUAUUAAUUUUAAAUAGUGUUUAUUUCUUGUGAAUUUUUUAAAUAUUAUUCCAUACAGAGUAUAUUUUUUAAUUAAAAAAUAUGGCUGAUGAAGAAGAAGAAAAAGAAUACAGAUGGGAAACUGGUUAUGAAAAAACUUGGGAGGCAAUUAAAGAGGAUGAUGAUGGUCUUGUUGAAGCAUCCGUUGCCGAUAUUAUACACAAUGCUAAAAGAAAAAGGCAAUUGGAAAGAAAAGCUGGCGCCAGAUUAGGAAUGAUGAGACAUUUAUACAUUAUUCUUGAUACCUCUGAAGCAAUGUCAAAUCAAGAUUUAAAACCAACGCGUUUGCUAUGCUCUUUAAAACUUUUAGAGGACUUUGUGGAUGAAUUCUUUUAUCAAAAUCCUAUAAGUCAAAUUGGUUUAAUUAUAACUAAAAAUAAAAGGGCUGAGAAAAUCAGUGAUUUAGCUGGGAAUUCAAAGAAACAUAUUAAGGAAAUAAAAGCUUUACAACAAACGUCAUUAGCCGGUGAACCAUCUUUACAAAAUUCUUUAGAAUUAGCUAUAAAAUCGCUUAAAUUAUUACCAUCACAUGCCAGUAAAGAAAUAAUAAUAAUAACUGGUUCACUUACUACAUGUGAUCCUGGAGAUAUUACCGAAACUAUACAAGCUAUGAAGUCGGAUGGUAUAAGAUGUAGUGUAAUAGGUUUAGCCGCAGAAUUAUAUAUUUGUAAAAAAGUUGCGACUAUAACAGGCGGAGAGCAUGGCGUUGCUUUAGAUGAUAAACACUUUAAAGAACAAUUAAAUGCACAUAUUGAUCCACCACCUGCUGCUACUAGAUUAGAUGCUGCACUUGUAAAAAUGGGUUUUCCACAUCACUCAUUGCAUUCUUCCAGUACAGAUACUUCAAUAGCAGUAUGCAUGUGUCACGCAGAAAACUCGGAUGGAUCUGUAAAAUUAACAAGUACUGGUUUCCUUUGUCCCCAAUGUCUAAGUAAACAUUGUGAACUUCCAGUCGAGUGUAGGGCAUGCGGUCUCACUCUUGUUUCUGCUCCACAUUUGGCAAGAUCAUAUCAUUACUUAUUUCCAGUUGCGCCUUUUAAAGAAUUAGAUUAUGAGAAUGAAUUUACAAUGUGCUAUGGAUGCCAAAAAGCAUUAUCACAAAAGGAUAAAAAGAUCUAUGUUUGUGAAAAAUGUUCAAGAGUUUUCUGUAUAGAUUGUGAAAUUUUUAUACAUGAGUCAUUGCAUACAUGUCCAGGCUGUGCGACAAAUCAAACGACAUAUCAAAAAUUUACAGAUAAAUAAAUUGAUAUUAUAAAUAAUGUCGCGUCUAAUAAGUUUUGUUAUUAAUUAACAAUUUAUAUUCGUGUAUAUAGAUUUUAUUUGAUCACAGAUUAAUAAUAUCACAUUCCAUCGUUUUUAUUUUCAUAGUUCUCGUUUGAAUACAAAUGUCCUUCUUCUCAAUCACAGUGGGAGUAGUCAAUUCAAUUUUAUUAGCAUCUAGACAGGUGGGAGAGAGAGGAGAGAGAGAGAGAGAGAGAUAAAGAGAUAUAUAUAUAUAUAUAUAUAGAGAGAGAGAGAAAGAGAGAGAGUCGUAAUAUUACUGUACUUAUUAGUUCACAGUCGUCCUCUGGUGUGACCGGUUCGAGCGUGAUUGACCUAGUCUCGCGAUUUUAUUAUAUGUUGACUACGUGUGCGCGCGCGAUCCCAUAUAUUGAUUAAAUUUAUCUACAUAUGAAAUAUUGUUUGAUCACAUUGUUUCUCUAUUUAAAGGGCAUCUUCAAAAUUAGGUA